AUGGAGAGCCUGCAGCAGAGCCAGCCACCCCUGUGGAUUGUCUGUGGAGGCUCCAACCCCGAUGGCAUUCUGGUGAGAGUCGGACCCGAGCUCCAGUCUCAAGCGCUCCGGGAGCGUUUGGGCCUGGGGGCCAAGGUGAGACAGCUUCAACUGCUGAAGGGGCGGCUCGAAUAUCGGCUGGAAGAAGGCCAAGGCCCCAGCUCUGGCUGGGUUUCUGUGGCCCUUGCUGGGAAGGAGCUUCUGGUGCGAGCUGAGGAGGCGGCACCCGAAGAGUCCAGAGAAGAGGAAUGGGAGGUUGUCGGAGGCACGAAUCCCGAGGGCAUUAUUGUGAGGACCGGUCGCGAGCUGGGUUCUGCUCCACUGGCUCUACGCCUGGGAAUCGGCUCCAGGCUUCGUCAGCUGGAGCUUUGCGAGGGCCGCCUCUGCUUCGAGCUCAUCUCGGGCGAGGGGCCCCGGCGUGGAUGGGUCAGCCUCCGUGCUGCUGGCCGCGAACUGGUGCGAAGGAGGAGGGAGCCGGAGGAAGGGGAAACAGAACCGUUACUCAACACUGAUUACAUGGGAAUUGUCCGCGGAGCUUGUCGUGGCUGCCAGCGCUGCAACCUCUGGAGGUUCACUUCCCUUUCGUCGAUCGAGUGGGGUGGUCCGGACACAACCACGACGAUAGACGACCGUAGACAUGCUUACGACAGGAAGAUGAGGGGCUACCAGGAGAAGCGUCGUGGCUUCAGUGCUCGGUGCCAGAACUGCCUUUGUCCGGCUGAGGAGCACCUAGACUUGUCCGGCUGGCUGAUCGCUGUGCAGAAGGCUGCAAGGCCGUUUCGCGAGACCUACGAGCAAGCGAUUCGGAAGGAUCCUGCGUAUCGGCACCUUGGCCGAGCCAUUGGCAGUGCCAAAACUCGGACACUGCCCCGGCAUGCUACAAUUCCCGCAGCCGCAUUGGAAUGGCCCGUUUUCGACGCAGCUGUCUACCUUCUGUCCCUGGGUUUUUUCGACCCGCGCCUGCACGGACGGACUGGAGAAGGAGACGAAGAGCGGCGAGCCGCGCAAGGCAAGCACCUGGUGUCUGUGGUUUGCCCGACAAGCGAGAAGCGACAUGGCUUUCAUCCACUUCUUUACGAGAACUUCUGUACGCAAGGCUAUGGGCCGAAAGAGCUCGUUGUGGUUGACACCGGUUCUCGGCCCUCGCCCUUUCUCCUUGAAAAGGCCCAGUCCGAUUCAAGGGUAAUCUAUCGACACUUCACAGUAGAUGACUCGCGCGACACAGACCCCAUGUCGGCCGUCUUAGUGGACGAUGGACUCUCGCUUGUAACGGCCGAAGACGUGAAGCGCAGGCGUGGCAUGUGCUUCAAGCCUAAGACGGGCUGGUCUCUGGGAUUUAAGCGCAACCUCUGUGGCCACUUGGCAAGAGGUGUCGUCAUCGCCCACUUCGAUGAUGACGACUUGUAUGCUCCGGAUUAUCUCUCGCGCAUGGUUGAAGCACUGUUCCGUGCAUUUGGAGGCCCACUGGUUGUAGCUCCAGCAUUAAAGGCUGCAGCGACACUUUCGGAGUGGCACAUGAUGGAGGUCAAAGAGCAGCAGUUUGGCUUCUUCGACCCCAAGACCGACCCGUUGGUGGAGGGUCCGAUGCGGGAGUCUUUUCAAUACGGCUAUGGGUUCUCCCUAGUCUACACCAAGAGCGCCUGGGAAACUGUGCCCUUUCCGGAUGUGGAGUGGUCAGAGGAUGGGGAGUUUAUGGGUCGCCUGCAGCUGCAGAAGAUUCCGAUUCAGCUGGUUUGCUCUAAAGACUGCCAUGACGGUCUGGCAGCACAUACACACCAUUCCGACUCGACGAGUGGCGGCGAGAUGUGUGGGAAUGUUCGCCUCGGCUAUGCAGUACCAGUCCCAGCGGCCUUCCGGGCAUUGCUCCCUGUGGCCCGCAAGGUAGCUCUCGACACCAACAUCCGUCGUGGCUCGCAGCACCCUCUACGCGCCGAGAUGCAUCGAGUUUUGGACGGCUUUGGCCAGGCACCGAGUGAAGUGCGUUGGCAUGAGAAGGACCUCUUCCUGAAGCGCAACCCAGACUUCGGACAACGCCCGCCUGCGACGCCACAGUACAAGGAGUGGAGUGGCCAAGUUCGAGGUGGCUUCGGAUUCGGGCUAAGCUACCGCGGACCUUGGCUCAGAGUCUCUUAA